AUGCCUCCACCCGUGGGCUGGUUUGCGUGGUGGAUCUCAAAAACCAUCAGUGCAUUUAACCUUCACUCUACCUCGACUAUCGUCAAUCCGAUGAACGAAAUAUUUCCCAAAGCCAGUUUCUAUACCGCUCGAUACCAAGUGUGCCGCGUCGGCCCCCUUUCUCACCUCUCCGGCAUCAAGGGCCCAGCUCUAUGGAUGGAAGGAUUACAGUGGGGGGGCAUGAAAAUGGGCAGACUCACACGGCCUUGGGACCAAGAUGACCUUCCCUCUAUCCUUACAAGGAUUGCCCCGGUUGCCGAUGUAUAUGCCGCGCACGUUGCAAGCACCAAGAAAGCCUUAGCCCAUUCUGCGGAAGCAAUUCAAGACGGAAGGCUGCCAUAA